AUGCAAGACAAAAACGUAGAUCAGAAAACAUUGUGGUUCUACUUACAACCUGGGGCAUGCGAGUUUGUACAUUUAACCAGGGUUGCCGCCUUGAACGUGACAGUUCAACAGAGAGAAAGAGCGGCGCAGAAUUUGCCGUUGCAAGUCAGCUUCGACAGAAUCGAUCAAUCAUCCGUGCCUUCAUCUAGCCUUGACGCUGGUUUUACACAAUACGCUGACUUAGAGGAAAUUUGGAAUGCUUCGGCGCAGAGUACCCUGCCCAAGGCGUGA